AUGCGUUUUGAUGUCGUCCGCGCACAAGCACUUGUGCGAUCUGGUGAAGGCUGCGACGGCGCCAAGCAGGAGUUGGUUGAGGUCGUUGAUUUCUUGAAGAACACCUCGAGGUACUCAGACCUGGGUGCCAAGAUUCCAAAAGGUGCUUUGUUGGUGGGCCCUCCCGGUACUGGAAAGACCCUGCUCGCCAAAGCUGUCGCGGGAGAGGCUGGCGUGCCAUUCUUCAGCAUUUCGGCCUCUGAGUUUGUGGAGAUUUUCGCGGGAAUUGGUGCAUCUCGUGUGCGUGAUCUCUUCGAGCAGGCCAAGAAGUCGGCCCCGUGCAUCAUCUUCAUCGACGAGAUCGAUGCAGUGGGCCGCCAGCGCAGUGCUGGCUUUGGUCAAGGUAACGAUGAGCGUGAGCAGACGGUGAAUCAGCUGCUGACAGAAAUGGACGGCUUCGAGAGCAACAAGGGGGUCGUUGUGAUUGCGGCCACCAACCGAGCUGACAUCCUGGAUCAAGCCUUGGUUCGACCGGGCCGCUUCGAUCGUCAGAUUCAGGUGGAUCCCCCCGAUGUGCAAGGCCGCACUGAGAUUCUCAAAGUUCAUGCCAAGGACAAGAACUUGGCCCCCGGCGUCGACCUCUCCGCAAUCGCAAGACAGACGCCGGGCAUGUCAGGUGCUGACUUGGCCAACCUGCUGAAUGAAGGUGCCAUCCAGGCAGCCAGAUCGAACAAAGCGGAUGCCGUCAUGUCUGAGCAGAAGAAGAAACUGGUGGCUUACCAC